CCUUGCCUUGAAUACUACUUCCUUCUCGCCUGGGGAACUUUCUUCGCUUGACAAGUCAGUUGAAGGGCAUAUUCUUCAUAGAGAACUCUCUCGACUCUGCAGCUUUUUCUCGAGACCAACAAAAUCCACUUAUCUACAAGGGUUCCCCUCCAUCCCAGCAUGGAUUUCGACGAUGAUGCCCCGCCUGAUCUGGUAGAGGCCGGAACUGUCCCUGAGGAUGACCUGCCACCAUCGGAGAGCCAGAUCAAGGUCCCGAUCACCAUCGUGACCGGAUAUCUUGGUGCUGGAAAGACGACUCUCCUCAACUACAUCUUGACGGCGCAGCAUGGAAAGAAGAUUGCAGUGAUUAUGAACGAGUUUGGCGACUCGCUCGACAUUGAAAAGUCGCUCACUGUCAACAAAGGCGAUGAGCAAGUUGAGGAGUGGCUUGAAGUCGGCAACGGCUGCAUAUGUUGUUCCGUGAAGGACACUGGUGUCAACGCCAUUGAGUCGCUCAUGGAGAAGAAGGGUGCGUUCGAUUACAUUUUGCUAGAGACCACAGGCCUUGCCGACCCUGGCAACCUUGCGCCACUAUUCUGGGUCGACGAUGGCCUGGGGAGCACAAUCUACUUGGACGGUAUCGUGACUCUGGUAGAUGCGAAGAAUAUCCUUCGCAGUCUCGACGAUCCCGCCGGCAAGAUUGAGAUCGACGAGGAUCACAAAGAGGAUGACGGCCACAGUCACGGUCCGCUCAUGACAACGGCGCACGUCCAGAUCUCGCAUGCCGAUGUCAUCGUCAUCAACAAGUCGGAUCUGGUUUCCGAAGAAGAGUUGGUGCAGGUCAGGUCGAGGAUAGAGUCUAUCAAUGGACUCGCCAAGAUCCACGUCACCAAGCAGAGUGAGGUGCCGAAACUGGAAGGGUUCUUGCUGGAUCUGCAUGCCUAUGACCAGGUCACGGAGCUUGAUACCAGCCAAAAGGGCCACAGUCAUCUAGAUCCGACCAUUUCGACCGUCUCGAUACCCGUGCCAAAGUUGGCACCUUCGCAGUUGAAGAAUAUUGAUUGGUGGUUGAGAAAGAUCCUCUGGGACCGUAAGCUUCCUGGGAACGAGAAGAUGACACUUGAAGUUCAUCGGUCAAAGGGUCGGCUCAUCUUUGAUAACGGCGAUGUCAAACUCAUCCAGGGUGUGAGGGAGAUAUUCGAGAUUCUUGACUCGCCUGACCAAUCGCGCGAGGCUGCGCAAGCUCAGGAAGUAGGAGUAGCUCCUCAAUCACUGCGUGGCAUACCGGCAGGUUUUGGUGGCCAGCAGCAGCAACAGCAGCAGCAGCAACAACAAGCUGGGAGAGCAGUAUCAAACAGGUUACCGAAUGGCAAAAUAGGCAGUAAUGGGUCUGGCUGGGCAUUUGGAGGAGGAGUUCCCAUGGGAGGCGCUGGUCUGCCAAAUCAAGCCCGUCAACUUGGAGGAAAUGUGAGCUUUGCACAGAGCUUAAGCGGGUCGCAACCGGCAACACCGCUGGACCUUUCCGAAUUUCCGUCCCUCUCCAACAACGCCCAGAUGAACACCACCGGACAAUCAAACAUGUGGUCAUCAACAGCAUCGCGUAACCUGGGGGCUGGUCCAGUGCCGCGCAACCAGCAGUCGACGCCGCUGUCGGCUCAGAGCGGCCAGGACGAGCUCUUCACGCCAACCUCGGCUCGUCAAGGCGCCUUUCGCUUCGGUGGCCAGAGCAGCGCAGGUCCGGCGCCUCAGGCGCAGUCCAAUCCCGUGGACGACUUCCCGCCGUUGAACAGAAACUCGAACGGCGAAAUCGGUGGUGAGCGAAGUGCUAAUCUCAUGCCCUCUUUGGGAUUCGGUGGCAGCCAACCGAGUGGCUCAGCCCCCGCGAUACCUCCUGCCCGAAGCGCAGGUGCCGGCAAUGGUCUUCUCAAUGCGCUCUCCGCGAACAGCAGAACCUCAGAUGGUCGCUCACCUUCCAUCGCUAGCGUGCAAGAUCAAGCAAGAAUACAAGAGGCAUCUGCCGAGAGAGGCGGCUCCUUCUCUGAAGAGAUCGGUGGCGACAGCGCGUCUCAGUUGGUAGAGACCAGAAACCCCCCUGGAGCCAUUGGCAACGACGCAGUCGCUGGCAACGGCAAGGCCAAAGAGGAGAAGGAAGGCCAAGCACCCGACGUGCAGGACCCUCUAGCAGGAAUGGCGCCCAUCGACAAGUUCGGCAUGAAGGGUCUACGUGUUCUCAUGAACAACUACCCUAGCUAUGGCGCCCUGAUGCAGGGAAUGGACCCCAACGAGUUCGGACUCAACGUCAAUUCGCCAGAUCUCAUCUCCACGCAGAUCUACUCUCUCUUCGACGACACGCCUCCGCGUCCUGCGAUUCCCAGUGUCCGGCUUCCUGAGUGUUACAAAGUGACUAAUGUGCAGCCUAUUGACACCAAGAUUCCGUCGUUCAACGAAGAGACCCUGUUCUGGAUCUUCUAUAGCUGUACACAGGAUAUCAAGCAGCAAUUAGCUGCGGUCGAGCUGCAUAGCCGAAACUGGCGCUGGCACAAGAAGCUGCAUUUCUGGCUGACCAAGGACGAGCUUAUGAUGCCCGCUAGCCUUGGUCCCCACCAUGAACGCGGCUACUACAUCGUCUGGGACACCACCAACUGGCGCAAGGAGCGGAGAGAACUCACUCUCCACUACGGUGACCUGGAGACGAAUCUGGUACAACCGGUUGCAUAGUUGAAUUGGGGGUUAUGGUUCAUUGGCUUUCUCGUUUUACUGACGAGGCUGGAAACGACUUGGUACCUGGGCACUGGGCAUGAGACCCGACAGGCGUUAAGUCAUGUUGAUACGGCAUGGUUUUACAAGCUUCCGGUAUGAAGCUGACCAGGCAAAUGGCAGCCGCUGCAUAUCUGCCGCUGCUUUGUGUGUAUGAAUCACUGAUCAAUGGGAGUUACCCACGGCCGUCAAACGAAGGGAAAUAAAAUGACGACGCCGAUGCUGCGAACGAAAACUUUAUUCUGUU